GGGUUAUCCAGGAUCGUACGGGAUCCCCGGUGAAAUAGGGUAUCCAGGAGAGACGGGCGACAUGGGUUUCCGUGGCCCUCCCGGUUUGCCAGGCAUGCAAGGUGACGUCGGGGACACGGUGUACGGUAUAAAGGGCGCGGAGGGUGAGCAAGGAGACAGAGGAGAACCUGGACCUCCGAGCAACGGGGAAUUCAAGGAAAAACGAAUGACGCCGGUGAAGGGCGCUACCGGUUCGAAAGGAGUACGAGGAGAUGUUGGGGAUCGAGGAAGAAAGGGAGAAAUGGGCGCCAAAGGACCUAUCGGUCGGCCAGGAUUUUUCGGUAUCAAAGGUACGAAGGGGGAGCAAGGUGACGACGGGCCAAGGGGUAAACAAGGGGCGGAGGGCCCGCCAGGACCCGCGGGAGAAAAGGGAGAGAAGGGAGCGCCAGGAUACGCUGGAAAACCGGGACCGGACGGAUUAGACGGAGAAUUGGGAGAUGCGGGGAAUCAAGGACCACCUGGUAAACAAGGAGCUCCCGGAGAACCUGGAAAGUACAUACCGGAAUUGGACGAGAUAAUUCAAGGAAAUAUCGGGAUUCAAGGAGAUUUAGGUCCACCCGGUAAUCCAGGGGAACCAGGAACACCAGGUUUACCCGGCAAAGUAGGUUAUAUCGGGCCACCUGGUCCUCCAGGACCUCCCGGCUCCUCUGGUUUACCAGGAUUGAAAGGAUCUUCCGUCAAAGGAGAGCCAGGAGACGAUGGUUUUACCGGAGAGAUGGGUCUGCAAGGACCUCCGGGUGCGCCGGGUAUACCUGGAAUCGUUGGACCUAAAGGAUACCCUGGAUUAACGAUAAUUGGACCACCAGGUCCCGAUGGAAAACCUGGGUAUCCAGGUGUGCCUGGUUUGCCUGGAGAUCGCGGUGAUCCCGGUGUCCAAGGUCCGAAAGGUUUUCCUGGUAAAGGAUCGAGGAACCCGGGUCCUCCGGGUGAACGCGGUUUACCAGGCAUACCGGGACUUCCCGGACCCGAUGGGUGGCCAGGUUUACCAGGUCCCAAAGGUGUGAAAGGCCUUAAAGGAGACGAUUGCGAUUGCCCGCCAGUGAAACCUGGACCGAAGGGUGAACAAGGCGAUUCUGGAUUGGAUGGAUAUCCCGGCACGCCAGGGUAUCCAGGAUUGCCCGGGCCACGUGGAUUCAAGGGGGUACAGGGUAAACGAGGUAUCGUUGGGCCGAGAGGAUUGGAAGGCGAUAGCGGGAGGCCAGGAGUCGCGGGCCCUCAAGGAGCCAAGGGAGAAAGGGGACGAUUGAUAGUGCCAGACAAAAAAAUAAUUGGAACGCCUGGAGAUGUCGGCGACAAAGGUUAUCCUGGCGUCGAAGGGCCGACAGGGUCGCGAGGAGAACCUGGAUUUCGCGGUGAUACGGGACCCGAAGGGCCCAAAGGGGAGAAGGGCGAGCUCGGUCCUCCUGGGCGGCCAGGGGGCGACGGUUAUCCCGGAAUAAAUGGUAUUCCGGGUGAAAAAGGUGACGAUGCAUCGACGCCGAUCGAAUUUUUGAAAGGUGAACCAGGUUCCCCGGGCAUCCCGGGACUCAGAGGUCCGCCGGGUGACAAAGGAGCGAAGGGAGAGCGCGGGAUAUCCUCGCAAUACAAUAUACAACUGAAAGGAGAGAAGGGGUACAAAGGGGAACGCGGUGAUCCAGGAGAGGACGGUGGCAAAGGCCCGGAAGGAUGGCCAGGUGACGAAGGAUUUGUAGGACCACCGGGAAUUCCUGGAUCUGUCGGUAUAUCGCGUCAAGGGCCCGUAGGUCUGAAAGGAUAUCCCGGUAUGCCGGGAGAUCAAGGUCCUCGCGGUGCCCCCGGCACACCAGGAUCGCAAGGACCUGUCGGUUUCCCGGGACGCGUAGGUAACAAAGGUGAUCGAGGGGAUCCCGGCUCGAAUCAGACGUACGGCGAUUACGGAUUAAUGGGUUGGACCGGAGAGAAAGGAAACGUGGGUGAUGCCGGACCUGUGGGUUACCGUGGUAGGCCUGGACCAGAUGGGACGAAAGGCGCGAAAGGAAGCAAAGGUGCUCCUGGCUCGGCGGGUAUACCUGGACUUCAGGGAGUUAAGGGUCAAAGAGGAGACAGAGUUCAAGGACCUAAAGGUAUGCCUGGAAUACAUGGUCAACCUGGGAUGCCUGGAAGAAUGGGAGAAGUCGGUAUUCCAGGACCUGACGGGGCACCUGGAUUUGACGGAAUGAAAGGUCUGAAAGGAGAAAUCGGUUUUAUGGGGCGCAGAGGUGACGACGGUGACAUUGGACCACCGGGUUAUUUAGGAAGAGACGGUAUACUGGGUCUGCCGGGACCACCUGGACCGGACGGAGACGUCGGUGAAAUCGGUGAACCUGGCUCUCGUGGUUGGCCUGGUCUGGAAGGGUUAUCCGGGCCAGCAGGAGCUAAAGGGGAACAAGGAGAUCCUGGGCCGGUUGGUGUUCCAGGGAUCGUGGGAUUACCCGGACCGAAAGGUAUCUCUGGAGAUCCUGGACCGGUCGGUUUGGACGGACUUCCGGGUGAAAAUGCGUUUAGCGGUCCGCAAGGCGACAUAGGGGAGCCUGGUUUUAUGGGAGAAGUUGGAGCUCCGGGAUUGCCCGGUAUAGAUGGACGGCCUGGUCUACCUGGUGAACCAGGUUUGGCUACCGAUGGUUUCAACGGUUUACGAGGAGAAAAGGGUGAAGCUGGUAUUAACGGGUUCAAUGGAUUGCCGGGACCAAAAGGAGAGAUAGGUGAUAUGGGCCUAGAUGGCCUCAAGGGAGCAAGAGGAUUGGGGGUUAAAGGAAGGCCUGGAAUACCUGGUGCUCCCGGUUUACACGGUGUAAAGGGUGAACGAGGUCCGAUAGGGCCGCCCGGUAUCGAGGGACCUAAAGGUAAAAGGGGAUUGGAUGGUGAUCCAGCUCGAAUGGGUCUACCGGGAAUGCCUGGUGAUCAAGGUUAUAGAGGAUCGCCCGGUUUAAUGGGUGCACCAGGACCUAAAGGAUAUGUCGGAGAGCCUGGUUUGCCAUCGUACGGUGAGGCAGAAGCGGGUGAUUUUGGAAUGCCUGGACUCGAUGGUUUACCAGGCGAAAAAGGAGAACGGGGUGAACAAGGUUUCGUUGGAUUACCUGGAAGAAAAGGUAUGAAAGGUAGCGUUGGAUACCGUGGACCUGAUGGAUUUCCGGGUGUACCAGGUUUCCCAGGUCUUCCUGGUGAUGAAGGACCUCCAGGUUUUCCAGGAAUACCUGGCCAAUUCGCUGAAGCAGGUGAAGAUGGACGUCCUGGAAUGGAUGGAAUACCUGGUACUCCAGGAAUGCCAGGUCAAAAAGGUGCUCCCGGAGAAUAUGGACCUAAUGGCCCUAUAGGGAUUACGGGAGACGUUGGUUUCAGUAUUCGUGGCCCGAAAGGACUUCCAGGAGACAUAGGUCCACGCGGUUUCGAUGGUUAUCCAGGAGCUCCAGGUUUGCAAGGAUUGCCAAGUUUGCCUGGAUUACCAGGACCAAAAGGUUAUCCAGGGGAGCCUGGAUUACUUGGUAUAUCCAUAAAAGGAGAACCAGGAGAGCGAGGAUUGGAUGGAUUCGAUGGUAGGCCGGGAGCAAAAGGAAUAAGAGGUGAUUCGGGCCUUUCUGGAUUCGUAGGAUUGCCUGGACUGAAAGGAGAAUCCGGUGACGUAGGAGAACCUGGUCUAAUUGGACUUCCCGGACCUCCAGGACCUAAUGGACCGAAAGGUGAUCGUGGUAUAAAUCCCUUCUCACCAUUCCCAAGAAAAGGUUUACCUGGAGAUACAGGACCAUCAGGAUUACCAGGUUUUCCGGGGCUUCCUGGAAUGUUAGGCGAACCAGGAGAAGAUGGAUUACCUGGAAGGGAAGGAGAACCUGGAAUAAUAGGUCCACCGGGUCUUCCAGGACCAGAAGGUGUGGAAGGCCCUGCUGGUUAUCCUGGCCCGCCUGGUGUGAUUGGACGACAAGGACCUCCAGGAUCUCCUGGAGUACCAGGAAAUCCAGCACCACCGGCACCAGGACCUCGAAACAGAGGCUUCUACUUUGCUCGACACUCGCAAUCCGAGAUGAUACCGUUAUGUCCACCGAACACGGUCAAACUUUGGGACGGUUUCUCGUUGUUGCAUGUAAGAGCCAAUGGAAAAUCUCACGGACAAGAUCUUGGUACGGUCCGGAAGUUGCGUCGUAAAAUUCAAUACUAUGCCUUCACGUUCUGCAACUUGAACAAUCAAUGCAACUACGCAGACAGAGAAGAGUUCAGCUACUGGCUGAGCACGACGGAACCCAUGCCUAUGUCUAUGGCUCCAAUACCAGCACCUCAAGUUGGCAGAUACAUCUCUAGAUGUUCGGUUUGCGAGGCCCCAACCCGGGCAAUCGCGGUUCACAGUCAAACUAUGGCUAUACCACAGUGUCCAGGUGGUUGGGAAGAGCUUUGGAUCGGAUAUAGUUUCCUCAUGCAUCGAGACGUGGGCAAUGGCGGAGGUGGCCAAUCUCUAGUUUCUCCCGGCUCUUGUUUGGAAGAAUUUCGCAUCAGGCUGUUCAUCGAGUGCCGUAGUAAAGGCACGUGCAACUAUUUUUCCACUGCCACUACCUUCUGGUUAACCACCAUCAAAGAUUACGAGAUGUUCCGUAAACCGAUUCCACAAACAUUGAAGACAGAUCACACAUCGCGAGUAAGUCGUUGCGUUGUCUGUCUUCGACGUCGCGUAACGGAGGACGUGAAAUCGUUAAAGCCAAUCAUAUCGAACGGGCAAAGAGAGCAAGUGGGCAAUAUUCGGUAUUUGCCACAUUCUCGGCCUGUCGUUCAUUAUCCGGACUAUCAAUACCAGAAAAAACCACCGAUAGGAAGAACGAGAGGACCGAACAGGCGCGUUCCGUAUCAUUAUCGAAAGAAAGGUGGCAGAUUACGUAAACCGGAACGAACAACGGAGCCAUCGGAAGCGGCUUAAACGAUGUUCGAUGCGACGAGUAGCUAUAACUAUGCGUAGAAGUGUGCGAAUCCGUGUAUAUAUUCAUAUAUGUAUAUAUACAUAUAUAACGAAAUAUUCUCGAAGUAUGCUAGUUUAAGCUCUAUUCCGUGUGGCGAUAACGAAGGAACGUAAAGCACCAGGAUACGGUCACUUGCCGUUUUUAAUGCCAAAAAUAAAUACGAUAACAAGGACGAAAUGUCCAUCGUUAAAACUGCCAAUAGAUAGCGCUCUAUUGCGCGAUAGACAAUAGAAGCGCAGAUCGUGUUGAAUUAAUUGAUUAAUGAUUCAGUAUAUCAUACGUAUCGCUAUUUUUAUUGUGUAACGACUUGUAAUUGCAUUGAGCCGAAUAAAAGUGUUUUAUUCAACAAAAGAUAUCGAAUGGAA